UGGACAGUGCGGUGGAGGGACUCCGGGAAGCCCUCGAGGCCCACCUGCGGGAUGCCCGCCGGGGUCAGCGGCUCCGCUCGGGUGCCCACGUGGUCAUCGCGGGCCCCCCCAACGCUGGCAAGAGCAGCCUCAUCAACCUGCUGAGCCGCAGGCCAGUGUCCAUUGUGUCUCCGGAGCCGGGCACCACGAGGGACGUGCUGGAGUCAGCCGUGGACAUCGGGGGCUUCCCGGCCUUGCUCAGCGACACGGCCGGCCUCCGAGACAGCCCCGACCUGGUGGAGCAGGAGGGCGUCCGGCGGGCGCAGGAGAGGCUGGCCGAAGCGGACAUCGUGCUGGCCCUGGUGGAUGCCACGGACUUGGCCUCGGACGCGAGCCGCCGCUUCCUGGAGACAGUGGUGACUCCUGGGGGCCCCUCCGCCUCCCCCCGCAUCCUGCUGGUGCUUAACAAGGCUGACCUGCUGCCAAAGGGGGGGCCUUCUGGGGGGGCCGCCCUGCCCCCCCACCUCCUGCUGUCCUGCAAGACCAAGACCGGCCUGGAGGCUGUGCUGGCCGCCUUGAAGAAGGAGCUGGCUGCUGUAUGCGGCGAUCCUGCCGUCGGACCCCCCGUCCUGACCCGGGCCCGGCACCGCCACCACCUGCAGAGCUGCCUCGAAGCCCUGCGUGGUUACGGGCGAAGCAGGGCCAGAGACCUGGCGCUGGCCGCCGAGGAGCUGAGGGAGGCCCGGAGGCAGCUGGGCCGCCUCACCGGGCAGGGCCGGCCCGACCAGAUCCUGGAGGUCAUUUUCCGGGACUUCUGCAUCGGCAAGUGAAGCCUCCGGGAGGGACUCUGGGGUGGCAGGCCGGGGCCUGGGCUUUGUCUGGAGACGUGCUCUGCCCCCGGCCGGCCUGCCCGCACAGCCUGGGCUCUCCCCUGGGCUCUCCCCGCACAGCCUGGGCUCUCCCCGGCACGGCACGGGGGGCCUCCCGAGGAGGGAGGGAAGGGCCCGGGGCCUUCGGGAGUCUCCUGGAGCGGCUCUGCACUCAAGGCCUUUCCUUGGCCUGGACGGACGCCUGAUA